UCCUCGAUGUUGUUCCGCUGUGUUUUCAUUCUAGGUAAACCCGAUUGGUAGAUCUUUUCAAACGUAUAGAUCAUCGAGAGCCAGCUAAGGAACAACUAAGAUCAUUGAAUUCAUUUAAUUAGUAUUAUUAUGCCAUCUUCAUGAUCAAAGUCCUAUGUAUCAUUUUCAACGAAAAACGCGGGACUUUGAUUAAAGAAACUGCAUAACGUGGUGGGCGCAUGGCAAUAAUUAUACGCUGCAAUACGGAAUCCAACAAUGCGCUUGAAUCUUAGUCGGCUGUCACGAAAAGAGCCCUAAGUGGCGAUGGAUCGGCGUUCGAAGAAUUUCCUAUUCCAGGUGGUAAGGUGCGAUCUCACACAGAUUCAGCCCAGCCGAGCCUAUGAUUCUUAAGAGCAUGUAGCGCUAUUCGAUUAAAAACGUGCGUGAGGACCUUCUGGAAACAGGGGAUGAUGCAUUAUAAAACAGGGGCAGAUGGAGCAAUUCACCUAUAUGAGUUGACUGGUGAAAGUACGAAAUAAGUGAAGCUGAGCAGACUUCUCUGUUGAGGUCUACCGCUUACCUCAGGUUCCUGAUAUGCGCGAUCUGCGUACAAAGUAGACAGAAUAAAUGUGACAAUCCCCCUUCGGUAGUUACCCCUUCUACUAUUACCUUCUCCUGCUCGCCUCGACAUCAACCUAGUCCCACCUCGGAGGCCAACCCGAAGACCAACAUCUUUUCGCUCGUUCUCAUUCGGCUGGAUUAUAUAACGAAAUGUUGAGACCGUUGCUAAUAGAGAUCGCCACCCUUUUCCUUGGUGGUUGUAUGGUAUUACAGGUGCUGGCAACGACAUGCUAUCACCUCGAUGGUACCAACGCGGGUCCAUCAAACGCCUUGUGUAACCCUAACGCCACCGGCACGGAAGGGUCACACAGCUCAUGCUGUAACGCGGAGAAUGGAGAUGCUUGCUUGUCAACAGGCUUAUGCUUCAACACUCUUUCCCGUCAGCAGAGCCAUUUAUUGUGGGCGACGGCAUGUACAGAUCCUACGUUCAAAGAUCCAAGCUGUCCUCAAUACUGCCAAGGACUCAAGAUCGAUAAUGCCCAUCUUAAGGCUUGUAACGAUAGUGGCUUCUGGUGCUGUGAGAGCGACGCCAACAUUCUAACUCCGCAGCAAUGUUGUGAUAGUUCCUUUAAAUUAACGCAACCUGUCGGCACCGUUAUCGCGCAGCUCCAGUCCGGUGUUGGGGCGAUACCCCUUGCGACGGCUUCUUCCCUCAUAUCGAACUCUACGAAUGGCAAUCCCUCGACAGAUACAUCAGAUUCCGUUCCUUCGGGUGUCGUGGCAGGGCUAGCCAUCGAAGGUGUUAUCAUGGUCUUUGCCCUCGCAGGGACGGGAUUCAUGUUUUGGCGUAAUAGGCUAUUGAAAAAGAAGGUGUUGGAGGCAGAAGCAGCUACAAUAGCCGCAAAAUCUCAGCAGCAACAGCAACAGCAGUCGCAAUAUCAGUGGCAGCCUCCUCCUUUGUCACACGGAACAAUGCACCACUCGGGUGCGUGGGGCUACAAUAGUCCAGUUGAGACAGAACCGAAAAGGAGCGAGCUGCAAACGCCGGGCUUGGGGACAUACACAGAGCUCCCCGGGGUAGAGGUCAUAGGAACUGAGCUUUCAUCGGAACCAAGGACACCAAAGACCCCUGGAAGCCCAUCUCAUCAACAGCACUGAGAGUUUAAGGGCCAUGGUUACCAAGACGGCUUGCCCACGUCCCGUCUGAUAGCUGAGCUAGUCGGAUUCAAGAGCGAACAUUCAUUUCGGAUCAGAGGCUAGACUAUUACUCAUUCCUAUAUAAGCAGUUUAAUAUACCCAACAUGUAUAAUUAAUAAGGCGACAGUUCAAAACGAGUUAUGAUGGGAAGAGAAGGAUGUCUACUUGUCAUUUGAUAUAGAGGACUCGGUUGCUGCAGAUAUAUUAUUCAAUAUUCGAAUGGUCAUUCUUCUCAUCAUGUUGCCACUUCCGGUUACUGGGAUUCCUUCUAAGGGGUCAAUACUAACCCUACACUUUAUUCGCUUCUACACACACUUAGUGAGGUGAUUCAACUUCUUUGUCUACUUCGAAAUCAGUCAAGAAGUUAAUACACAAACUCAUAGUAUGUGAUCGCACGCCAUGUUAACCAACAUAGCGAAUGUUCUGUUUAUCAUUAGAUACGUGAACUUCCAGC